AUGCACAACUAUCCAAUGGACCCCCUAAAAACCCUUAUUGACUCUGGCACCAUGUCUAACUUCAUAUCUCCCUCCAUUGUUGAAAAAUUCAAAAUCCCAAAAUCCCAACUUGAAAAUCCACAAGUUGUUCAACUUGCAGUUUUGGUCAAUGGCCAUCCACAUACCAUCCCCUUCCUAGUCUGCCCAAUUGGCAGCACCCCAGCAAUACUUGGCAUGACUUGGCUCACAGCAGAAGCUCCCCUCAUCAACUGGCAACAGGGACUAAUCACAUUCCCUGAACAAGUGCAGAUUGCCUCCAAAGAAGAAGCAGACCUGGACCCCUUGGCAGACCUACCCACACAGUAUCAUGAGUUUGCUAAGGUAUUUGGUGAAGAGGAAUUUAAAUUCCUCCCCCCACACAGGGAGUACAACAUUGCAAUUGACCUUAUUCCAGAUGCCAAAUUAUCCCCUGGUCCAAUCUACAGCAUGAUGGAUGCAGAAUCUAAGGAAUUGGCAACAGGCAAGAUCUGCCCUAGUACUUCCUCAGCUGGUGCCCUGGUCAUGUUUGUAAAAAAUGCAGAUGGUUCUCUCAGGCUGGUCAUGGAUUACCAAAAGCUCAAUGAUGUAACCCACAAGAAUGUUUACCCCCUUCCAAGACAAGACAAUCUCAUGGCCAAGUUAAGAUACACUAAGAUAUUCACUAAGCUUGACCUAUGCAGGGGGUACAACAACAUCCAGAUCAAGGAAGGCAACAAAUGGAAGAUGGCAUUCCACACCAAAUAUGGCCUAUUUGAAUACCUUGUUAUGCCAUUUGGAUUGACUAAUGCUCCUGCAGCAUCCCAGCACUUUAUGAACAACCUUUUUCAGGACCUCAUUGAUGUCACAGUGGUGAUUUAUCUGGAUGAUAUCUUGAUCUUCUUGGAGAAACCAGAAGAGCACCCCAGCCAUGUUAGGGAAGUGCUAUCCAGACUAAUGAAAAACCAGCUCUUCUGUAAACUCUUGAAGUGCCACUUCCAUGUCACAACAGUUGAUUACUUAGGCAUUGUCAUAUCCCCAGCUGGCUUUUCUAUGGAUCAGAAAAAGAUUGAGGCCAUCACCUCAUGGCCACAACCCAAGACAGUCAAGCAGAUCCAGGCAUUUCUGGGUUUUGUCAACUAUCUCAGGCAAUUCAUCCCCAACUUUAGCUUGGUUGCACACCCAUGCCACAACCUCACCAGAAAGGAAACCCCCUGGUCAUGGGGUAACCAAGAAGAGGAGGCAUUCCAGGAGCUGAAAUCCCUUGUCACUAAGUCACUGGUCCUAAUCCACUCCAAUCCCAACCUACCCUACUACCUUGAGACAGAUGCAUCAGGGGUAGCUAUGGGAGCCAUACUUAGUGCCAAAGCUAACUAUGACACACAUGACAAGGAGCUUCUGGCAAUUAUCAAGGCAUUAGAAGAAUGGCAGAUAUUCCUAGAAGCAACAGAUAGGCAAAUCCAAGUUUUCAUGGACCAUAGAAACCUGGAAUACUAUAAAAUCCAAUCCUUACUCAAGGAAGAUCCUUCCCUAGAAUCCAUAGUCCAGUUCCUCACAGAAGAUGCCAACAAUGUGCCCCCUUCAAUCAGAAGAGCUUACUGGGAUUACAAUUGGGAAGAAGGACUUCUCUGGUACCAAGGAAAAAUGGUUGUCCCCAACAAUGAAGCCUUGAAGGAACAGCUACUCAAGGAAUUCCACAACUCUCCCCUAGCAGGACAUCUGGGACAACAAAGGAUGCUUGAGCUUUUAAGUUGCAAUUACUGGUGGCCAGGAAUGAAGUCCUCAGCCAAAGAAUGGGUUGAAUGUUGCCCUACCUGCCAAUCCAAUAGACAACCCCAUGCACCAGUAAUUGCCCUGAAGCCACUGGAAGUCCCCCCAUUUCCUUUCCAUACCAUCUUGUACAACUUCAUCACAGGGUUUCCAAAGUCACAAGGCCACAAUGCCAUACUGGUAGUAAUAGAUUCCUUCUCUAAGUUUGGCCAUUUCAUUCCCACUUCAAAGAAGGUAUCAGCCAAGGGACUAGCAGAUGCAUGUCUGGAAACUCCAUGGACUACCAGUCAAAACAGAAUCAGACCAUCCCUCUCAUCAGCCUACCACCUGGAAUCUGAUGGCCAAACAGAAAGGGUAAACCAGUUCAUUGAAUUCUACCUUAGGUCAUAUGUGGCAGCAGAUCAUUUGGACUGGGCAACUUGGUUACCCUUAGCAGAAUACACAUACAACAAUGCUAAACAUGCAUCCACUGGGAAAACCCCCUUUGAGUUAGUCUAUGGCAGGAAUCCAGUGAUGAAUCCCUCCAAUGUUCCAGCAAAUGUCCCAGAAGCCAACCAUGUAGCAGAUACAUUGGCUCAGGAAUGGAAAGAAGCGGAAUCAGCCUUAAGGAUGUUGAAGGAAUGCAUGGCAGGAACAAAAGGGUCCAUCCCCUCCUACAACAUGGGGGAAAAGGUUUGGUUAGAUGCAAAAAAUGUCCAACUAUGCUCUAAUUCAAACAAACUGGACCCCAAACAGAUAGGACCCUUCAAGAUCAUUGAGAAAAUAUCCAGUCAUGCUUACCAUCUAAAACUACCAGAAUCCCUCAAGAUUCACAAUGUCUUCUAUGUAGGACUCCUUUCCAAGCUACACAAGUCCCCCAGUCAACCACUCCCAGACUGCCCUCCUCCCAAAACAAUAGAAGGGGAAGAAGAGUACAAAGUGGAGCAGAUCAUUGACUCCAAAAGACAGCACAGGAAGUGGUUUUACCUGAUCAAAUGGAAGGGUUAUGGACCAGAGGAUAACUCAUGGGAACCUGAGGAGCUAUUAGAGCAUAGCCAGGAGGAAAUCAGAUGCUUCAACAAGUCACAACUGAAAAAGGCUUGUGACUCUGCUAAGAGCCUUUAA